AUGGACAGCACAGACCAAUGUUCAUCGGCCGAUAAAAAGGUAGAAGUUGAAAAAAAGGUAAAUGUAUCAAACGAAGAACCACCACCAUACCAUCAGAUACCAAUGAUGCAAAAUGCAACUUGGGUGUCACAAAAGGUAACUAUUUAUAUAAAAGAUCAAUAUUUAAAUCGUAUGUUGUUAAACUCGUUGAUCAAAACGUUAAUAGAGGACUCUAACAGUGACGAAGAACUAAAGAAUCAACACCGUUUGGUAAGAAAACAGCCUGGAGGUGGAUCAUCAUUAAAGGCAGCAGAGAGAGAUUCUAACUUCUUUUGGCCCAGUCCUAAAUAG